AUGUCGAAUACAAGUUCAACGACUUCUAGUGAACGAACCAGAGGCAAAUAUCAGACAACCAAUAAAUGUUGCAAACACAUAGACAGCUUAUCUCCUACAUAUCAGCAAUGGGUCGAAUACAAUUCAUACAGAACCAGGAUUUCUAGUACAGAACCAGGUCAUUCUAGUACAGAACCAGGCCAUUCUAGUACAGAACCAGGCCAUUCUAGUACAGAACCAGGCCAUUCUAGUACAGAACCAGGCCAUUCUAGUAUAGAACCAGGCCAUUCUAGCGCAGAAAAAGGCCAUUCUAGUACAGAACUAGGCCAUUCUAGUGCAGAAAAAGGCCUUUUUAGUAUAGAACCAGGCCAUUCUAGUAUAGAACCAGGCCAUUCUAGUACAGAACCAGGCCAUUCUGGCGCAGAAAAAGGCCAUUCUAGUAUAAAACCAGGCCAUUCUAGUAAAGAACUUGGCCAUUCUAGUAUAGAACCAGGCCAUUCUAGCGCAGAUAAAGGCCACUCUAGUAUAGAACCAGGCCAUUCUAGUACAGAACCAGGUCAUUCUAGUACAGAACCAGGCCAUUCUAGCGGAGAACCAGGCCAUUCUAGUACAGAACCAGGCCAUUCCAGCGCAGGAAAAGUCCAUUCUAGAACCAGGCCAUUCUAG